GAGAAGUGGGGAGGGAGGUGGAGGGUUCUUAAGAAGGAGGGAGGAAAAUCGCUGAAGGGCACUAACAGACCAACCCACUACAAGUUCAGUCCUGCCCUCAUCCGUUCCCACAUCACACUCUCACGCGGCUGUGGUAGAGGCUGUGACCGAGCGUGCCCGUGUCCUCUCUCCUCCGGCCGUGGGAUCGGUCUGAGCAAAAGUUUGUCUGGACAUUUCCAGCGGAGUCUUUUUCAUGCGCGGUUGGCUCUCAUCGCCUCCUAGCGUGCCUCCCGGGAAUUGAGACCGAGAAAAAAGAUUUGUGGAGGAAAAUUCUCAAAGCACAGGAAAUCCUUUCAGAUCGAGUCAAAAAGUCUGCUUGUUUCCCCCCCUGCAUACAUACGUGACGAGACACGGAAGAAUGAGCAGCCGCAGGACUAUUUGACGUCUCGUCUUAUGAUCUGAUUUUCAAAAACGGAAAAGACUCAGAAAGAAAAGAUCGACUUCUCGGGGUUCCCCCUGCUAUCACCAUCCGCCAUCCCCAUGUCUCCCUCUGAAGGAAUCUCUCGGAUGUUCCGCGACUACCAGAGCAAUGCCGUCAUCAAAGAGCACUACAACUACACGGGCAAGCUGAACGAGGGCAAGUACACCCAGGGACUUAAACCCGAGACGGUUGCUUUCCUCCUGGUCUGCCUGCUCAUCGUGGCGGAAAACGCCGUGGUGCUUCUGGCCAUCUGGAAGAACAAGAAAUUCCAUGUGCCCAUGUACUAUUUACUGGGCAAUUUGACUCUCUCGGACCUGCUGGCGGGUUUCACCUACAUGGUCAACCUCAUGACGUCCGGGGCGAACACCUUGAAGCUGACCCCCGUGCUGUACUUCCUGCGGGAGGGCGGCGUGUUCAUCAUGCUGGCCGCCUCGGUCAUCAGCCUGCUGGCCAUCGCCAUCGAGCGCCACGUCACCAUGGUGAGGAUGAAGCCGUACCAGGGGGACAAGCAGGGCCGGAUGUUCGCCUUGAUCGGGGCCAGCUGGGUGCUGUCCGUCUUCCUGGGCGUGCUGCCCGUCCUGGGCUGGAACUGCAUGGGCCGGCUUGACCAGUGCUCCACCGUCCUGCCGCUCUACGCCAAGAGCUACAUCCUCUUCUGCGUCAGCGUCUUCAGCGCCAUCCUCAUGUCCAUCGUGGUGCUCUACGUCCGCAUCUUCCGCAUCGUCAAGUUCAACACGCAGCGCCUGGCCUCCGUCCCGCAGCGGAAAGGCCUGUACCGGAAGUCCCAGAAGUACAUGGCGCUCCUGAAGACGGUCACCAUCGUCCUGGGGGUCUUCAUCGCCUGCUGGCUCCCGCUUUUCGUCCUCCUCCUGCUGGACUUCUGCUGCCCGGUGAAAGGCUGCAAGGUGCUCUUCAAGGCGGACUACUUCCUGGGCAUCGCCAUGUUCAACUCGCUCCUCAACCCCAUCAUCUACACGCUGACCAGCAAGGACAUGAGGAAGGCCAUCCUCCGGCUGCUGUGCCGGCCCUGCCUGAUGACCAGAGACGGGCAGGUGAAGAAGAUCGGGAUGCCCUUCCUGGACUGCAGCACCAGCAAAACGGACGCGGCCUCUCACAGGCUGGAGGGGCUGGAUACCACCGUGUCCACCGGGAACUGUACCCCCUCCACCAUCAAGGCCAUUUACCCCAGGAUGGUUAGGACAUGACACGGGGGGGUCAAAGCUCUAAUGACUCAAACCCCUAAACCUCAGAUGUGGUCAAGACUGGGAGAUAAACAUGGGAAGGGGCAAGUUUUCGCGUUGCACUUUGAAUCCACCCCUCGUUGACAACUCAAGACGUCCAAACUGGGAGAAAUAUAUUUUUCGGUGAAGCAUUUCGUUUUUUUUUAUAUCAUGUUUUUUUGGUAUAUUUCCUACAAAUAUGAAAAUCGUAAAUACCUGCGCCCUUUGUCGCAGCUUCAUGCAGCAUUACGUCUUUUUUACUUUUGUAGUAAGGCCAGUUUUUGUCCGAGGACGUUCCCUCUGCUAUAAAAAGUGACAGCUCAUCUUCGUGUUUGCGCACGAGGAGAAACCAAAAAAGCCUGCACAGAUGUUUUACAUAAAUAGUCCUAGUCCGUGCAUCUGACAGGAGUGGGGAAAGCCCGAAGCGUGAGCUUGUACCGGUUAUCUCCUCCCGCUUUUGUAGCCUGUAAUGAUAAGCUGCAUGCUGCUGCAAACCCGGGGAGCGUCCACACCCAAAACCCACGUAAUUUCUGCCAUGUGAGUUUCUGGUCAUCAGAGGCCCGGCGAGGACGUCAGACGGAGGGGGCCGAGCCGGGUGGUUUUUUUUCGCAGCUCCGGAGGUCCCUUUUAACAUAUGUAGCAACACACGAUAAAUGCCUUAAAGCAAUAAAAAGCUGACAGCCCGAGACUUGUCAACGCCUCCUGGGUUUAUAACGGGUUUGCAGUACGGCGGGCAAAAAGUUACGGCCUGCCAGACCACUUAUCUGUUCGAGGAGAGCUCGUUUUUCUUCCACGAAAUGAUCUGUGUUUCCUCUUUUACUGCGUGCAAAAGCGCAGGCCCCAGAUAACAGCGGCAUUCAAUCAAAACCCAAACAAAUGAGCGGGCGUAGAAGUAAUACUGUACAGAAAUGUAAAGAUAAGAUAUCUAUUUACCUGUGUUUAGUAAAGUAUAAACUCUGAGCUGUGUAUUGUUUUUUGUAAAACCCCUCACUUAAGUUAUGAUGCCAGUUUUCAAUGUGCACUGAUUAAAUAUAUGUGA